AUGCUAGGUUACAAGGCUGGGCAGGAAGUAACCGUUCACGGAUUUAUUAGUAAACGAAGGGAUGUGAGCUCAAACUUGAGUUUCUGUGAGUUAAGUAAUGCAUUCGAUUACAAUUCUCGAAAACAAAUUCAGAUUGUUUCCACCUGGAAGGAGGACGGCUCGCGGCAGUUCCUGGCUCACCAAGACCUUAAGACCAUACCAGCCUACAGCCCAGUUAUUGUGACCGGAACCCUUCAAGACCCCCCCAAUACCACACAGAAACCCGGGUCGCCCCAGAAGUGGGAUCUCAAAUUACGAUCCAUACAUUGUCUAAAUCCAUUUCCAAAGGAUAUCAUCGUCUCCAAGGAUGCCGUGUGGCCACCUCACCAACGUUAUCUACAGUUGCGUUUCGACCCUCUCCUCCGUGACAGGUUAAAACUACGGAGCAGUCUGCAUACAAUCAUCUCAAAGUAUCUUCUGUCGAAAAGCUUUAUCCAGGUAGAGACGCCUCUCCUAUUCAAGUCUACUCCAGAAGGCGCCCGGGAAUUUUUAGUCCCAACGAGGCGAGAGGGUUAUGCGUACGCACUACCGCAAAGUCCGCAGCAGUACAAACAGAUACUCAUGGCUAGUGGCAUUACGAGAUAUUACCAAUUCGCCAAAUGCUUCCGUGACGAGGACCACCGUGCUGAUAGGCAACCCGAAUUCACUCAACUCGAUAUAGAGAUGGCCUUUGCCAACGGCUCUGAUGUGAUGAAGAUUAUUUCAAAUCUAUUGGAUAAAAUUUUUCUCUUUCUCAGUGAAAAAUGGUCGCCAACUGAGAUCAACGGCAUCCAACAUCCAGUUUACGUCGGCGCUGACCAAACUCUGGCGAAAGGGCAAAAAAAUAAGAAAAAUAAGAGUGAAGAGGAAGAGGAAGACGGAAAGGAACCAGAAGCCGGAGAUGGGAUAACUCGCUAUUCUAGGACUGAAUAUAAAGACAUCCGUUUUAUGACAUACUCUCAGGUAAUGAAGCAUUUUGGUAUCGACAAGCCUGAUAUGCGCAUUAGCGCGCCGUAUAUAACAAAUAUUCGCGGUACGCUACAUCUAAACCUACCUCAAGAAUUUAUCCAAAAGAUUACAAGCUUAGAAGACCCAUAUGUCGAAAUUAUCAAGGUUCGUCUGGAUCUGCCACCCCGCGGCGCGGGGGAAUUCAUCCAGAAAUUCAUGGACUCUCUACCCAACAAUACUACAGUCAAGCUAAGUCCUGAAAGUACGCCAGCUGUAUUGGUCUAUGACUCUAGCAAACCACUCAAUGGACUAUCGGCUCUUGGACAUGAAUCUGCUCAUAGACUUGAGGAAUUUACGGAAUUGGAAGAGAGCUAUUACCAUGGAUGCAAGGACGGAGACAUCAUUAUCUUCCACGCUCGAAAACGAGAGCCGUUCCAUGGAGGCUCUACUGACCUAGGAAGGCUUAGAAAAGCGCUGUACGAUGAUGCCGUCCAGCAGGGGCUCAUACCUAAAGACAAUUCGUUUAAAGUACUCUGGGUGACUGAAUUCCCCCUUUUCACACCAAACGGUGACGAUGCGGAUCCUGGCCAAGGCGGCACCGCGGGAUUCUCUUCCACCCACCACCCGUUCACAGCCCCGCUUACCGCUAAAGACUUCUUUUGCGCCAAGACUAAGCCUCUCGAGGCAAAGGCUGACCACUACGACCUCGUCAUCAACGGCGUGGAGGUGGGCGGUGGAAGCCGCCGUAUUCACGUCGCCAAGCACCAGGAGUUCAUCAUGCGCGACGUCCUGAAGAUGACUGACGAGGGCGUAGCCGAGUUCUCUCACCUCCUCGAGGCACUAAGGGCCGGGUGUCCGCCCCACGCCGGGUUCGCUUUCGGUUUCGACCGUUUCCUGUCUGUGCUGUGCGGUGUCCCGUCCAUCAAGGAUGUCAUCGCGUUCCCUAAGACGAAUAAGGGCGAGGACUUGAUGGUUGGUAGCCCGGCUAAGAUCACGCCGGAGCAGCGGAAGAUGUACCAUAUGUUCCAAGAGUCAGAGCCAGAGCCAGAGCCGGUGCCAGAGUCGGAGCUGGAACCAAAGUUAGAGCCGGAGCCGGAGAAGGAUCAGGAGCUAAAUGCAUAA